ACAAUUUUAGUUAUAAAUUAUAAUUUUAAUUACAAAUUAUAAGAAAAUUAAUAUAGUUAAUCGUAAUGGGUAAUAGAAUUUCCCAUGGAAAUGCAAAACAAUUGAAAAAAUUGAAUAAAAUUUCAAUCAAAUCAAAGGAGUCGGAGACUUUGAAAAAAGUUUGGCAAUUAGUGGAAAAUGAUGUCAACUAUUAUGGUUCGGCUUUUGGUAAAAUAUUCUUUCAAAAUCAUCCUGAAUACAUCAAGUACUUUCAAUACGAUUUAAUUCCGCAAUUCGUUCAAGACGCUAAAAUGAAAAAGAAAUUUUCCUCAGUUUGUGCUAUAAUGAGUACUUUGAUUGUAGAUUAUUUUAAUAAGCCCCAACAGAGAAAUGAUGUUUUAGAUUUCAUAGCCAUGAUUCACAAAGACAUGCAACUAACUCUUAAGGACCUCGAGAAUUUUUCGUCCGAUUUUUUGGAAAUGUUAAAAUGGGAAUUUCCGGUACUUAUGACAAAGGAGCAAAUUGUCAUUCAGUCGAAUCAGUUUAAUAUUUUAAUUCACAAAAUGAAUUCCCUGAUGAUAAUUCAUAGAGAGAAUGAUUUAAAAUUUAAUUCGAAUGACGACUCUAUUUUUCGAUCGCUUUGUGGAUGGAAUAAAAAUCGAACGAUUUAUGGAAAAUCUUUGGAAUACUGGGAAGCAAGAAGAAUUUAUUGGUGCACAAGAGUUGCUUUAUGGUCGACAUUAGUUACUGAUUUUUCAAAUACAACGCAUUCGAAAAUAAGAAAAAAUGUUAACGAUUCAAGGACAAAAAGAAGAAAAGAAAGAAGCGAGAUGAGAAUUCAGUUUCGUAAUUUUUCUGAAACUAGUUCUAUUGACGAAGAAACAACACUUAAAUAUAAAAAGAGGCAAUCAAGUGAACGUGGCAUUGAAAAGCAUUUAAAAAAUUCUCAGCCUGAUUCUCGAAUGGAGGCAAUCGAUGAAAAUUCAUGCGAGAGCAAUCUUGAUUGCAGAGCAGUUAAAAAUUUAAGAAAGGGAUCUAUCAAGAAAACAGAAGCUUUUAAUGAUGCUGUUAACUAUUUAAAAUUAUCGAGACGAAAUUCGGAACUUUAUUUUUUUUCAAGUUCAACGAAUGAUAAUGGAAACACGAUGGAAACAGCACGAGAACGUAGGAGGCAACUAGUGGGAAAUAAAAAUCAAAUAUGAUAAUCAGAUGCAAAGAUUCUAUUCCGAAAAUAAUAAUUAAAUUGAAAUUAAAAAUAUUCCAUAUAAAUAUGGACGGAAAUAAAUAAUUGAAACUAAAAAUAUUCCAAUUUCUAGAAUUUAAAGAAGGACAAAAGAUAUUUCUGAUAUUUUCAACAAUAUUGACAAAAGAAUAUC